AUGCCGCUCUACAAGCCCGAGAACCCAGAUGCUCCCGUCCUGCCGCAGUUCAGCCUGCGCGGCAAGGUCGCCGCCGUCACAGGCGGCGCCAAGGGCAUCGGCCUGGAGAUCACGCGCGCCCUCGCCGAGGCAGGCGCCGACGUGGCCCUCAUCUACAGCACGAGCACCGACGCCGAGGCCGUCGCCGCGCGCAUCGCCUCGCAGACGGGCGUCCGGGUGCGCGCCUACCACAGCGACGUCCGCUCGCGCGCCGCCAUCGCCGCCACCCUCGACCAGGUCGUCGCGGACUUUGGCGGCGGGCGGCUCGACAUCGUGGUCGCCAACGCGGGGGUCUGCGCCGACGUGCCUGCGCUCGAGUACACGGAGGAGCAGUGGCGCGCCAACAACGCGGUGAACCUCGACGGCGUCAUGUGGACGGCGCAGGCGGCGGGCCGCAUCUUCAAGAGCCAGCCGGGCGGCCGCGGGAACCUCAUCGUUACGGCGUCGGUGAGCGCGACGCUCGUGAAUAUCCCGCAGCGGCAGGCAGCGUAUAAUGCGUCCAAAGCAGCGGCAGUGCAUCUGGCACAAAGUCUAGCCGUGGAGUGGGUGGACUUUGCGCGAGUUAACUGCGUGUCGCCGGGGUUCAUCGAGACGGACAUGCUGUACACACAACCGAAAGAGCGGUUCGACAAGUGGUUGUCAAUGAUUCCCGGUGGCCGAAUGGCUACUGCCUCGGAGCUUAAGGGGGUGUAUGUGUUUCUCGCAAGCGACGCUUGUUGCUACAUGACUGGGGCAAACAUCAUCGUGGACGGGGGAUAUACCUUGACUUGA